AAAAUGGCGGCCGGCGAAGCGUUUCUUUGCUGAGUGAGAAAAGGUUUCGAAAAGCGAAAAAUCGUUUGACUUUAAAGCCGUCGUUAUGCCUCGUGGAGUCAAGGUUGAGCGUCCGGUUUCUACUGAGCCUGUUGAGCAUGCAGUACAGGCAUCAACCUUAAUAGUACUUCACCCAGGGUCUACAACAAUGUGGCUUGGCCGAGCAACUGACCACUUACCCAAGAGCUUUCCUCACGUUAUUGCCUGGAGACGACCACCCCAAAACACAGUUCCUCUGCCAAAUGAUGGGAUUUUGGAACGGGAAGGAAUAUACCAUGCUGACAGUGAGACACAGAGGGAUCUUGCUUUGAGUCUUGUUGAACAAGCUAUUUGGUCAAGAAAUUCAAGUCUUGGGAUGAGCCGCAAGCAACAAAUAUCUUCCAGCCAAGUAGCUGCAUAUAAUAGUGGGGUUGAACCAGAAGUGCUCGAUGAAGAAGAUUGUUCUGUAGAGUGGACUGAUCUCAGCUCACAACCGACCUAUGUCGCGGGAGAACAGGCAUUAUAUAUUGAUCCCCGAGAGCCUUACAACUUGCGCUGGCCAAUGAAAUUUGGCUGUCUCAACUUGCAUGGUGGUCCUGGAGGCUCACUGACUGCAAUUUGUGAGGACCUUGAGCGAAUCUGGGCAAACGCAAUAGAAACCAUGCUCAAAAUCCCACUCACUGAUUUACCUUUUUACAGAGCUGUGCUGGUGAUUCCUGACUCAUUCAACAAGAACCACACCAAGGAAAUGAUGGACAUUCUUAUCAACAGGCUGAAAUUUUCUUCGGCUAUUAUACAACAGGAGUCUGUGUGCUCUACAUUUGGGUGUGGGCUCAGCAGUGCCUGUGUGGUUGAUGUAGGAGAUGAAAAGGCCAGUGUCUGUUGUGUAGAGGAUGGCCUUGUCAUACCAAACUCAAGACACUGGUUGCACUAUGGUGGAAGAGACAUUACACGAUGCUUUUACUGGUUGUUAAAGAAGGUUAACUUUCCAUACAAAGAGUGUGACCUGAAGAGUAACCUUAAUACUUUCAUGCUCACUGAACUCAAGGAAACAUUUUGUCAUCUUAGCCAGGACAUAGUAGGUGGUCGGGUCCACGAGUUCCAGGUACACCAUCCUAAUCAAGCACCUCUGUCUUACAACCUGAAGAUUGGCAACGAAGCUAUUCAAGCACCAAUGGCUAUGUUCUUCCCUCAGUUGUUUGGUAUUGUUGGUAAGAGGCUGGUGUUCACAUCAGACCCGCCAUACGACGAUCCAGAAGACCUCUUAGAUGAUAGAUAUUUGCUCGAGUCGCAGCGUGGUGAUCAGUCAAGCAAGAAAGGUGGGGCAGGGACUGACACAGCAAACGAAGCCGACCAGGCUGAGGUCUCAGGGACCCCAGUUAUUCCAGGCAACAGGAAGCGUCCAAUGGUAGCAUCAGCAGAGAAGACCUUAGCUAUGGAUCAGGCUAUAAUACAGAGUAUUGAGUGUUGUCCAAGCGAAGACACAAAGCGAAAAAUGUACAGCAACAUACUGUUGAUUGGAGGAGGGUUCAGCUUCAAUGGCGCAGCACAAGUACUACAGACAAGGGUGCAGGCCAAACUUCCUUCGCAUUUACGUAAGCUGGUUGACCAAGUUGAAGUCAUAGCAAGGCCAAAGGAGAUGGAUCCCCGUAUUGUAGCAUGGAAAGGAGGUGCAAUCCUCAGUAUCCUCGACUCGGCACAAGAGCUCUGGGUGACUGAACAAGAAUGGAACAUUAUUGGUGUACGAGCUCUCCGUGAGAAAUCAUUAUUCGUAUGGUCAACCAUAUAGACAUCAUGAUAAAGAUGGCUUGAGGUUGAUGGUCUGGGUAACAGUAGUAGUGUAAGUACCUUAAUGGAGCCAUUAUUGUAAUGGUUCGCUGUUAGGCCACAUCUGGUCCCAUAGAUGAACAGUGUGGAAUACCAUAGUUGAUUCAGUUUUGUGGAUAACAAAGGGUAUUAAUCUUAUAAGCAGUACCCUAGAACCAAGAUUGAAAUGGCUACACUUCCCAAGCUGAGUUUUCCAUAAACAUGCAUUUAAUCUUGGUUGUCAAUGGAUUUGCCUGCACAUGGGUCUAAUCCCACCUAGGCAUGGAUCAGACAUCAAACAUCUUAUUUGAUCCUUUCUGUCAAGGUAGAUCAGAUUGCAGUUUUGGUAUUAUGGCAGCGAGAACAGAGGAAUCGGUGCGGAGAAAAAGUUAUUGAUUGAAUGAAUAUGAAGAAAUUAAUACCACUAAAAUGCUUCAUUUUCAAAAUCUUUUAUUUUAAAUGAUAUAUAUGAAUACUUUGACGGAAACAAAUAAAAACUGUAUAAUUUACAAAAAUGAUUGAACUACGAGACUGACUAAGCUUCACCUAUUCUACAUCAAAACUAAUGUGUCAUGCUAUGCAAUCUUAAAGUAUAGAUGACACAGGGAGCCCAAAUAGUAAAACCACAACUGACUGACAAUUUUUCUUUCAAAUAAAGAGCUUAAUCUUGGUCAUCUUCAGUAAUCUUACAAAUGUUAUUAUCUUUUGUUUUGCACAAUGUAAAUAAUGAUAAUGUACAAUUUCUCCUUGGGGAGACUGGGGACAGGUUAGAAUCGACCACAGAAAGCCCAAAGUAGCACAGAAUAGUGAAUAAGAAUGUUUCUUUUAAUAUUGAUAAGAUCUGUUACACUCUAAAUAAGCUGAAGAUAUUGAAAACUUGUUUCAGAGUUCAAGGGUUAGAGGUGUUGAAACCAAAAUGUUGACAAAAAUGUCCUAUAAACACAGGAUAACCAA